AUACAUGGAUACGGAACAUGUUUUCUAAGGAAAUUUCAGCAUUAGUAUUAGUGCUGUUUGUUGAUAUGGUAUUUGCCGAAUGUUCAUUUGGCUGCCAAUCAUGCCCCGGUUCAAUUUGUACAAGUUGCGAAUCAUCUUACUUUUUAAUAGAUGGAUUUUGUUCACCAUGUCCCGAAGAUUGUGAAAGCUGUAACAGCUACGAUGACUGUACUUUAUGUAAGCCAAACAAAUAUGGUUUUAGGUGUACCGUAAACUGUGAUGGUAAUUGUCUAAACAGUGAAUGCGAAGAUGAUACGGGGUAUUGUACACAAUGUAAGCCUGGUUUCUAUGGAAAUCAAUGUCAACAUAAUUGUAGUUUAUGUGAAAAUGAACGAUGUGAUUUACGUACCUGCUCGAGUGGCUGUAGCGCUGGAUAUUAUGAGUAUAAAACCGUUGUUGAAACAACAUGUCAAACGUGUCCUUCAAAUUGUAAACAUUGUAGGGAUGGAAAAACAUGUUAUAUUUGCAAUCAUGGUUUUCAUCUCUUUAAGUUUAAUGACAACGUUCACUGUCUGUCAUGUUUUCAAGACUCGAAAUGUCCGGACUGUGUUAUUCAAGGUUGUAACCAGUGUCAAAUAAUCAACUAUUUGUUAGUCUGCGCUGAUUGUCCAGAAGGACAAAUAUUCAAUGGUAAUACAUGCAAAGCACACAGUAUGUUGUGCCCAGAAGGAUGUUCUACGCAUUGUGAUAGUACUGGAAUAUGUCAAGGAGAAGAAUGUAAUGAGGGCUGGACUGGUGACAAAUGUUCCGAAAAAUGUAACAUCAAAUGUUUAAAGUGUUCAAAAGAUAACGGAAAUAGUUGUCUAUUGUGUAAAGGUAAUUUUUACUCAACCGAUUGCAGUUUACCAUGCAGCCCGGCAUGCAUAGAGAAAAGCGGUAGUCAAACAUGUGAACAUGCAGGCGGAUAUUGUCUGAACGGAUGCAACCAAACAUUUUGGGGCGACACCUGCGAUAAAUACUGUCCUGGUGGAUGCAAAGAGCAGAAAUGUGAUAGAAUCAACGGUACAUGUACAGAUGGAUGUAUGGGUGGACAGACUGGAGAUAAAUGUACUCAUUCUACAACAAUCGGUAAACAAGACUAUCAUUUGUUUAAAAGGUCAAAGUUGCGGGUAGGAGUAGCAAUCACUUUCCGUGAUAGCUCUAGUUUUAGUUGGACAGCCCGAGAAUCGAACCCUUAA